AUGACUAUGGCCCACCCUGGAGCCCCUCAAUGGGAAACAGACAUCCUCGGCCUCUUUGUCCAGCGAGAUAGGCACGAAAAGGCAUUCACAAACAUGGUCGAGUCUUACAACGGACUCGUCCAAAAGUUGACGUUUUAUGUCGACCAGAACAAGCACCUCGAGUCGAGUGCACAGAACAGCAAGGACCAGCACGACAAAAUGGCUCGCCAGGUCAGCGUCCUUCGCGAGCAAGGGAGCCCUAUGAAUCAAAAGAGAAGCGCAGAGCUCGAGGCCCAGGUCGCUAGUUUGAAGGAUGAGCGAGCAGAGCUCUACAAGACUCAAGGCACCAAUGCUCAACGUCUGCUCGAUUUGAACGACAUUCUGCGUGUCAAAGACGCAAACCUUGCUCAGGGCAAGGAAGAUAUUCGACGAUUGACCGAGUCAAACACGUUCUUGGCGCGCAAGAACCAAGAGAUGACAGAGCUGGUCAACGAGAAGAAUGUGACAAUCCAGGUUAUCCAGGAUGAGCUGACCACGCUCCAGCUGGAGAUGAGCAAACUGGAUGAACGACAGCGAGACCUGGAGCGUGAGAACGCUCAGCUGUUGCAGCGCUGGCUCAAGAAAAUGAACGAGGAGGCUGAUAAGAUGAACGCCGGAAACGCAUUCCUGGAAAACGAGCAUCAGGAUCAGAGUGCACUCUCGCCAUCUGUCCAAUCACCACCAAGCACCCGAUCCCUUCGAAGCAUGGGACCCGAGUCGCCAACACAGUCGAACUGGAGAGGCGCAUCGAGUAUAUUCUCGAUUAUUCCUCAGAUCUCCUCCAAGAAGUUUACGGCACACGAUGCGGAAGUGAACACGGUGUCAUUGUCGAACGGAGGUUCGAUGGUCGCAACAGGAUCAAACGACAAAAAAAUUAGAAUUUGGGAUAUCAAGACAGGAUCGCUCAAAUCGACCUUGACGGGAUGUCUUCAAUCUGUCAUGUGUGUCUCCUUCAACGCCACGGAUGAACUCUUGUUGGGCGCCUCGAACGACAAUGCCGCCCGACUCUGGCAUUUGGGCACAGGACGGCCUAGACACACGUUGACGGGACAUAUUGGAAAGGUGUUCUCGGCACGCUUCAACCCUGACUCGAGCAAGGUCGUCUCUGGAAGUCACGACCGCACCAUCAAAGUCUGGGAUCUCCAAAAAGGAUACUGCAUCCGUACGAUGUUCACGUUUGCGAGUGUGAAUGAUGUGUGUUUGCUGGACUUUGACGGAUCAACAAUUGCUAGUGGACAUUUGGACAACAACUUGAGGUUCUGGGAUGCGCGUUCAGGCAACUGUGUCAAGGAAGUUACGGGUAUUCACAUGGGUCAGAUUACUUCUGUAUGCCCCUCGACGGAUGGAAGCCAGAUCCUGACCAACUCGAGGGACAACACUCUUCGUAUCUUGGAUAUGCGUACCUAUGAGACCGUCUCUGUGCUCCAUGCUGACGGAUACAAGACCGGCACCAACUGGUCCAAAGCCUGCUUCAGCCCGGAUGGUCAGUAUGUGGUGUCUGGAAGUGCGGAUGGCACGUUGUACUAUUGGUCAACACGGGAGGGUGUUGUGGAGAAGACGGUCAAGGAGCAAUCGAGCCCGAUCGUGGGGGUCUCUUGGGUCAACAGCUCUGUUGUCAGUGCCGAGAAAGAUAAGACUGUUGUCAUCUGGGGCACAACUGCCCGUCGCCCUACCAUCUAUGAGAAGUAG